GUUCGUACCUUCAGAAUUGAGACUCGGAAGGCCUCAAAGGCUGUUGCCAGGAGGAAGAACUGGAAGAAGUUUGGGAACUCAGAGUUUGACCCACCGGGGCCCAACGUGGCCACCACCACAGUCAGUGACGAUGUGUCCAUGACGUUCAUCACUAGCAAAGAGGAUCUGAACUGCCAGGAAGAGGAGGACCCAAUGAACAAGCUCAAGGGCCAGAAGAUUGUGUCCUGCCGCAUCUGCAAGGGUGACCACUGGACUACCCGCUGUCCCUACAAGGACACUCUGGGGCCUAUGCAGAAGGAGUUGGCGGAGCAGCUGGGCCUGUCCACCGGCGAGAAGGAGAAGCUGCCUGGAGCCUGGGCCCAGCAUCCUGAGCCGAGCCGCGCCAGCCCUGAGAAGGGCAAGACUAUGCACCAUCAGCAGCCUCCCAUGCCCUGGGGAGGCACUCCUCUCGGCUUUGUGGCCAACACUCUGGCGCUUGAUCUCAAGCCAACUGAAGCUGGCCCAGAAAGCGUGACACAGCGUUCCCACCGGGAGGAAGGAGGCGGUCGUGGCUUGGCGCGACGCCCCGGUCAGUGGCAUGCCUACUCAGCGUGA